AUGUCUAGGUUUUUUAUGCCAAGGUUGUCAGGUGACAUGAUUUAUGAAGUGAGGCAUACACGUUUGACAGGUGAAAAAUUUACAGUUGACCUUAGAAGGUUGGAGUUCUCUUGUUGGAGUUGGAUGCUAACUCGCAUACCAUGCUAUUACGAAAUUUCUUAUAUGCAGAGUAGAUCUCUAAACCCAAUAGACUACAUCCCUGCAUGCUACAGGAAGGAGGCAUGCCAAGCUUGCUACCAACCAUUCAUUUAUCCAACAAAUGGGGACAAUUUAUGGAAACAUACACCUUAUCGUGACAUACUACCGUAA